AUGAAUCGAUCAGAUAUAAAAGAUUUACUCGAUUCAGCAACAAGUCAAUCUCAUUUUCUUUUUGAUGGAGAAUUAUAUGAUCAAAUAGAUGGAGUACCAAUGGGAUCUCCUUUGACUCCACUUUUGGCUGAGAUUUUUCUUCAAGAUUUUGAGAGAAAACAUUUAUCAUCUUUUAAUCAAAUGGGUAUUAUUUAUUGGAAACGCUACGUUGAUGAUACUUUUGUAUUAGUAGACUCAAAAGUGCCUAUUAAGGGCAUUUCUUAUAUUCUGUAUCAGUAUCAUCCAUGUAUUAAAUUUAGUUAUGAAGAAGAAGAUCGAUAUACACACAAACUCCCAUUUCUUGAUGUACUGGUACAACGCAAAUCAGGUGAAGGUUUUCAAACACGAGUUUAUAGAAAACCAACAUUCACGGGUCUUAUUACUAAAUGGAGCAGCUUCGUACCAAAAAUUUAUAAGUAUAACGCAUUGUCAACGAUGGUGUAUAGAGCUAUUACGAUUUGUUCCUCAUAUAAUGUUCUACAUCGUGAAUUUAAAUCAAUAAGAUCAUUAGCAAUUCGAAAUGGAUACCCUAAUUCGAAGCUGGAUUCGAUUAUUAGGCGUCAACUUAAUCUUAUGUAUGAGUCUACUACUCCUAUAACACCACCGGCACUCACUAUUGAUACUGUUGUUCUUCGAAUACCUUAUUUUGGACCAUUAAGUCAAGUCUAUACAAAGCGUAUCACCUCAACUAUUACCAAGAAUUAUCCAUUAAAACAAAUAAGAGUUGUCUAUGAUGUUCAAGAACGAGUUGGUGAUAGUUUUACCUUGAAAGAUCCAAUUCCAGAAAACAUGCAAUCAGGAGUUGUUUAUGAAGCCACUUGCCCAGAAUGUAGCAUAAAAUAUAUUGGUAAAACAUUUAGACAUCUUAAGACACGUGUACAUGAACAUAUUAAUGAUCAAAAAAACGAUUUAUGUGUGAAAAAAGUUAAGAAAUCAAAACGUACCUCAAAAAUAAAACCAUCCAUAUUUAAACCCAAUAUUGAACGCAAAGGACCGAUUACUAGAUUACAGACCAGUAAAUUCCAAAGCCAAAUAUUAUAA